CGUCUCACCUCCUUACUUGCAGUGUUGUUUCCGUGUGAUUUGCUUCCCAUUUCGUUUGAGAAUGACCCUGUAUUCAAGCCUGCUACCCCAUUCGAAACUUCGCAGCUCCUUACUUGCAGUGUUGUUUCCGCGUGAUUUGCUUCCGCAUUUCGUUUAAGAACGAUCCUGUGCUCAAGAGUGCUACCGGCGGGCAGGCUUGUACGUAUACAUAUAUAUAGCUCCGUUCUUCCUUCAGCAAAUACAAGGGCAGGAGGAACAUAACUAAGCUGUUUGCAGACCCAUACUUCAUCAAGUUAUCUCUGGCCGAUUCUUGCUUUUGGUUCAGAUGGACGAUGAACUGCAGAAGCGUACCGCUGGCUUUGCGGAAGGUAUGGUGGUUAUGGUAUGCCCGGUGCUUGUAGCAAUUGCUCUUGACAAGGUUGACCUCAAAGUGUAUGGACACCACGCUUUCUCCGCCAUGCUCACCAUGGCAGCUGUCACUUUGAUAAUCGGUAUCUGCCCCUUCCUCAUCUGCUGGUUCUCCAGGACAUUCGUCAGGCCUGUCCCGGUAACCGCGAUCCUGGCAACCCUUUCCUCUUGUUCCCUCCUCAUCCUCACCUGCUUCAUCGCACAGCUCGUUGUCCCCAAAAACACUUUAAUCAUCUUGGGCGUGGUAUUUGGAUUCCUUGUCCUGCUUCGAGCAGUCGAGUACUACCGUCGAGGGGAUUUUGAUCGGUAUCCACAAGACAAGAUACUCAAUGAAUCACAUGAGUUCUUGACGGGUGUCACUGGAGUUCUCUUUCUGGGGCUGGAAGGUCUGGCACUAGAAGGUCAUGACGAUCCGAUGUUUGAAAAGGGUGGGGCCGUGGCGGUCGCCAGCUUCAUAGUUUGCUGUGCUGGCGUGUGCAUGAUGUAUCUCGAGAUGACCCCCCCUAUAGAUUUCAAAGAUGAGAAACAUGUUGUGAGUUUAACUCUGACGCUAGAUAGCAUCAUGGCUGGUGGUACCUUCACGCUCUUGAUGGUCGUCAUGUUUCAGCUCAUGGGGCCUCCAGCCCUGGUGCUCUUCCUACCCCCGGUUCUAAUCAUCGGCGACCUUGUGUACCGGGUGACCGUCCACGACACCGCAGCUGGCGACGACCAAGUGUCCGAACCGGCGGCUUCGCUUGAACUGACAAAAGUCACCUUCAUCCGGGUUCUUGGCUGUGUCAAUAACAGCCAUCCGCAACACUUCGCCCAGCAAGUUGACCGGCUGUUUCCUACUAUUCGCGGCAGCAGCUAUUGUGUUCGGUCUCUCAUGGAGGCUUCUGUCACAGACCCACGUAAGGAUUUCUUUGAGCGGUGUUUCACAUCGUCAUUUUGAUUCUUCUGCCAACCUCGCUUCCUUGGGCACACACGUCUGCAUUGUACUCGCUACGUUCCUAUUGCUAGUAAUGGCUUGGACAGCGAGAGGAAAACAAUGACAAGUAGUGAAGCACUGUAGUUGAUUUAUUUUCUCUACGCAAUUUUGUAAUUGCACCUGCGCUCAUAUGUUAUAGCAGGUUCUGUACUACAUAUAUAAUUAAUUCAAUUCUUCAUUCGGAUUCAUGAGUUCGUAGAAGACCUCUCAUGUUUUGACCCCAACAUAGAUAACAAGGUUGUAUUGCUCAAAUGUUUUAAAUAGUGGGCUAUGGCAUUUAGCGGCAACCCUUAAUAGCGGGCUAUAGCUGGGCUGUAGCGGCAAAUUGUACAUGAAAUCAUUUAGCGGCAACAC